CAUGCAAAAAAGUUCGUAUGCCACAUGAUGAUUUUCAAAGUUUAUCAUUUAUACCUGAUCCCGAACCAUUAGAAAAUGAUAACAAUCAUUAUAAAGAAUUUGAUAAUGUCUAUGGCCAGUCAACUUCAGAAAAAUUUCGCCCAUCAGCAAUGAAUAAUCCUGUUAAUAAAGAUCUAAAUGAAAAAAAGUCAGGACAAUUUAUUAAUACAAAAAUUAGAUGCAUAGUAACAUGUGAACAUUGUAACAAAAUAAGAUGUAUAUAUAGCGAUUCAGCUUUAACAGAGAAUGAGGAAAUCCAACUUCAAACUACUCUUGACAGUUUAUGUUAUACGUGUGGAUCACAAUUGCUACCUGAAGAUCAUGAACUUUCAAAGUAUUUAAGUGUUAGAUUAAAUAUUACUUGUGAUUCUCCCAUUGAGUCUACAUAUUUUUCAUGCCGUAUUAAAAAAUUAGAUAUUUGUUAUUGGUGCGGAGAGUCAGAGGAUCUUGUAGAGCCUUCAGAUAAAUUAAAGGCUGAAUGGAAAACUAUAUACCCUUUAUGCGCAUUUUGUAAAGAAAAUGGGAAAACAUGGUAUAAAAGAGCACAAAAAAAAUAUAUUCAAUUAAGUAGUAAUGAUAUCGAAAAAAAUGUAAAUAGUGCUACAAGUAAAAAAAGAAAAGCAUAA